AUUGGUUGAUGGUCGGCCGGGACGACAGGAGAGAAACUCCAGGAAAACGUCUGGAGCUUUUUGCACGGUGUAACGGAGAAACGGGACAAGGAUACAUUUGGCGACAAGGAGGAAACUUUGUAUGGACACGAGGAUAUUCUGGGAUUAUUUUCUCUCAAACUGGACUUAUAACACACACACACACACACACACACCGCGUUUACCAUCAUUCAUUCUCCCUUUAUGGAGUAAAAGUAUAUUUAAAGUGUAUUCUUAUUUAAACAUGACAGAAAUGACAGUUUAAUAUAGUGAACAUGCGUUUGGACUCCACCUCCAUCCACUGAAUAGAGGAGGUGCUCAGAGGAGCGCGCGCCAAUGCUCACCUACUGUCGGCACUUCAAAGCAAGUUGUUAAAAAGUAAACCCCUCCACGCGCCACAGGUUAGAGACAGGUAGCAAGCAUGGCUGAGCACGAGAGCUUGGAGUAUGGGAAGGCUGACUUUGUGCUUCUGGACACCGUGUCGAUGGAGGAGUUCAUGGGGAACCUCAAACUCAGGUUCGAGAAGGGGAGGAUCUACAGCUACAUCGGAGAGGUGGUGGUCUCCGUCAAUCCUUACCGUGCCAUGAACAUCUACGGCCGCGACACCAUCGAGCAGUACAAGGGCCGCGAGCUGUACGAGAGGCCGCCGCACCUCUUUGCCAUCGCUGACGCUGCUUACAAAGCCAUGAAGAGGAGGAACAAAGACACCUGUAUCGUCAUCUCAGGGGAAAGUGGAGCAGGGAAGACCGAGGCCAGCAAGUACAUCAUGCAAUACAUCGCUGCUAUCACCAAUCCCAAUCAGAGGGCUGAGGUUGAAAGGGUAAAAAACAUGCUGCUCAAAUCCAACUGUGUCUUGGAGGCCUUCGGGAACGCCAAGACCAACCGCAACGACAACUCCAGCCGCUUCGGCAAAUACAUGGACAUCAACUUUGACUUCAAGGGAGAUCCCAUCGGAGGCCACAUCAACAACUACCUGCUGGAGAAGUCCAGGGUCAUUUUCCAGCAGGCAGGAGAGAGGAGCUUCCAUUCAUUCUACCAGCUGCUGAGAGGAGCUCCAGAAUCUCUGCUGCGCUCCCUCCACAUCCAGAAGGACCCGACAGCGUACAACUACAUCAAAGUUGGAGGCCAAAUAAAGUCCAGCAUCAACGAUGGAGCGGAUUUCAAAGCCGUGGCCGACGCCAUGAAAGUGAUCGGCUUCACGGCAGACGAGGUUCAGACUGUUUACAAGAUCCUGUCCACCAUCCUGCACCUGGGAAACCUGACGUUCGGAGUUGACGGCGACGUGACGCUGAUAGAGAACACAAAGCUGGUGUCUGUAAUCAAAGAGCUGCUAUCCACCAAAGAGGAGAACGUGGAGAAGGCCAUGCUGUACCGAACUGUGGCCACCGGACGAGACGUCAUCGAGAAGCAGCACACGGAACAGGAGGCCAGCUACGGACGGGACGCUCUAGCUAAGGCCAUGUACGAGCGUCUCUUCUGCUGGAUCGUGGGACGAAUCAACGACAUCAUCGAGGUGAGAAACUACGAUGCAAGAGUCCACGGGAAGAACACGGUCAUCGGCGUGCUGGACAUCUACGGAUUUGAGAUUUUUCAGAACAACAGCUUUGAACAGUUCUGCAUCAACUACUGUAACGAGAAGCUGCAGCAGCUUUUCAUCCAGCUGGUGCUGAAGCAGGAACAGGAAGAGUACCAAAGAGAAGGAAUCCCCUGGAAACAUAUUGAUUACUUUAACAACCAGAUCAUUGUGGAUCUGGUGGAGCAGCAGCAUAAGGGCAUCUUCUCUGUGCUGGACGAAGCCUGCAUGAAUGUGGGCAAAAUGACAGACGAGGUUUUCCUCCAGGGACUCAACGGCAAACUGGCCAAACACGCCCACUACACCAGCCGCAAGCUCUCACCGACUGACAAGAGCCUGGAGUUUGACAGAGACUUUCGCAUCAGGCACUACGCAGGCGACGUGGUGUACUCAGUGGUGGGCUUUAUUGAUAAGAACAAAGACACUCUGUUCCAGGAUUUCAAAAGACUGCUGUACAACAGUUCCAACCCGGUACUGAAAGCGAUGUGGCCGGAGGGCAAACUGAGCAUCACCGAGGUCACCAAAAGACCGCUGACGGCUGCAACGCUCUUCAAAAACUCCAUGAUCCUGUUGGUGGAGAACCUGGCCAGCAAGGAACCCUACUAUGUUCGUUGCAUCAAACCCAACGAUGUGAAGUCCCCUCUGCUGUUUGAGCAGGAGCGCUGUAAACAUCAGGUGGAGUACCUCGGCCUGCUGGAGAACGUCAGAGUGCGACGAGCCGGCUUCGCCUACAGACAGACGUAUCCCCGCUUUCUGCAGAGAUAUAAGAUGAUCUCAGAGUUCACUUGGCCAAACCACGACCUGCCAUCGGACAAAGACGCCGUGAAGAGGCUCAUGCAGGGUUGCGGAUUCGACCACGAUGUGGCCUACGGGAAAACCAAAGUGUUCAUCCGCACGCCGCGUACCCUCUUCAGCCUGGAGGAGCAGCGAGUGGAGAUGGUGCAAAGGAUCGUCCUCUUCCUCCAGAAGGUGUGGAGAGGAACCCUCGCCAGGAUGCGAUACAGGCGGAUGAAAGCGGCUCUCACCAUCCUGCGUGCGUACCGACGCUACAAGGUGAAGUCGUACAUCAAGGAGGUGAACCGCCGCUUCAAGAACGUGCGAUCCAUGAAGGAUUACGGCCGGCAUGUGAAGUGGCCCACGCCUCCAAAAGUCCUGCGAAAGUUUGAGGAGAACCUCAGGAACAUCUAUAACAGGUGGUGGGCGUGGACGCUGAUAAAAGAUCUGUCUCCUGAAGAGGUCCUGCAGGUGAGAGCCAAGGUAGCCUGUCUGGAGGCUCUGAAGGGUCAGAGGGCUGAUUUAGGACUGCUGAGGGCCUGGGAAGGAAACUACCUGAAGCAGGACAGCCCAGACACAGCUUCAUCGUUCACUCUGGUUUCCAGCGAGCUGCAGCGUAAAGACAAGUUCAUGAGAGUUUUAUUCUCCUGCAACGUGCGAAAGAUCAACCGUUUCCACAAGGCGGAGGACCGGACUGUGCUCAUCACAGACCGCCACCUGUACAAGAUGGACCCCCUGAAGCAGUAUAAACCCAUGAAGAGCAUCCCCCUCUACAACGUGACUGGAGUGAGCGUGUCCCCCGGGAAGGACCAGCUGGUCGUGUUCCACACCAAGGACAGCCGGGACCUGGUGGUGUGCCUGCAGGGCAUGGUGCCCACCAAUGAGAGCCGCAUCGGGGAGCUGGUCGGGACCCUGCUCAGCCACUUCAAGAGUGAGAAGAGGAAGCUGCAAGUGAACAUCUCAAGCCCCAUCCAGUGCAGCAUGAACGGCAGGAAGUGCACGGUCAUCGUGGAGCCCAAGAUCAACCAAUCACAGCCUGACUUCACAAAGAGCCGGUCUGGUUACAUCCUGGCGGUUCCAGGAAACUAAAAAAAAUGGGCCAAAAGCUGAAAAAAAAAAAAUCUGACAGCUGAUUUCAAACCCCGCCUGACGACGGUGAUGAUGAUUCACGUCUGAUUCACUCGUGUUUUUUGCAGAGCUGCUGAUAACGAGACGACUCAGAUCGCAGCCCUGUAGGAGGAUUCACUUAAUUGAAUCCUCAGGAAUACAAAGCCAUGCCAAAUUUGACCUGUUUUGUAGAUUUCUAUGCAAUGUGUAACUUUCAACGGAAAUGGUGCAAAAUGCCUACAUGCAUUACGUUCAAUGCUUCAAAGAAUUAUUAUUUAAAAUGCACUAAUCCACCAAAGUUGCAGUCUCUUUUUGUUUAAGAUCCAAAUUUCAGUUAAUUUUUUUGUGCAAUAUUUGGAUGGAAUAUGUUUCAGUCAAGGUGAGAGGAGAUUAUUCUGUUCCCCUGAACCGCUGAUGUUGCAUAAUUGGAAAAAAAAAAAUCCAAAGGCUUUGCAGGAAGUUCUAAUCCCUGACGCUCUCUGUGCAGGCGCCAGAUCGAAAAAAAAUGAUCCCUGAGAAUGAAGUAAGAUGAUAUUUAUGUGAAGCGGAAUAGAAACUCUUUCUGUGGUUUAUAUUCUAAAGGAAGAAUUAUGAUGAAGACUUACCUUCCUGUACGGUAGACAAAAGAAACGCAGCAUCUCUUAGUUCUGAGUGUUUACAAUCACGUGUGGGAACAGCGGGGAGGAGAGUCAGAGGGUUCAGUCAGUGUAUGAGUGUUCGUUUGUUCGUCAGAGGAUGUGUUGAGCAUAUCCUGAAGAUCGCAGUUUAAUCCUGAACUUUGUAAUUUAAAAUCCUGCUUUUUAUAAUCACUACUACGACGUCUGUACUUUAUAUAAUAACCGCUAAUACUGCUUGUAUAGAAAAGACAUUAUUCUGCAUAUAAAAAACUGCUAUAACAGAAGGUUAAUAUGAAGACAAUAACCAAAGUAUUUAAGUUCAUACUCUUUAGUUCAGCAGCUGAGUGUUUCAGGCCAGUACUGUGUUAUCCCACGUGAACUCCGGCCCCUGAACACAGCCUCAUUUGCUGUCUUUGUGUUGCGUGAAUGGGCUAAUGACUUGUUGUGGCCCCUUAGUCGUUUGGAAUAGACUUCCAUUUGAUAAAUAUCCCCUUCAACAGAGGAAAAGAGUGUGUGUGUGUGUGUGCGACUGUGUGUGUGUGUGUGAGCUCUCCUCUUCUUGGCUCUAACACUGAGAGUCUGGCCAGUGGCCACAGUGAAGCAGAGCAGACAGACGGCUGUGAAGUCUGUAAUCAGACUGCUGUCCUACUUUACCUCCCCUGCUCAGCGAUGGGAGUGACUCUCUGUAUGAACAGAGGAUCUUUGGAGGCUUGAUUUUCAUCUGAUGCCGCUGCUUAGCUCCUCUCAUUUAUCUCACGCCAAUUCACACGAAACCAGCCAUCAGCACUCCAGUCCUCAGAGUUUGGUUGGUGCUGUUCUCACAAGCUGUCUGCUGUGUUGGGAAUGUUCUGUUUUUACUGUCAGCGCUUAACAAUAUGCUCUUAAUCCGACUGCUGGAGCAGGACAGAAGCUGGUGGGAUGAGGAUUGUUUCACGCUGUGUGUUUAACAUUAAUACCAAGACACAGACUGAGCACAAGAGACAAAAAUAUCUAUAAAUAAACAAACUAUUGAUGUUAGAAAUAACUCAAUUUGACUGAUUAACAUCAAGUUAGCAUGGAGGAGCUAACCUCUGACCAAGCUGCAGCCUGUGGUGUUGGAAAAUGAAGCCCCCAAAAACUGCAGUUCCUCAACUGUCCACUAGAGGCUGCCUUCAAAAGCCAAUUAAACCCUGUUCUAGUUCAAAUUGACAUUAAAAUGCCAGUUUUUACACCCUGGUCGAUCAACAGUCCUGGUUUGAUUCCAACCUGCAGCCCUUUCUCUACUCUCUCUUCCCAGUUUCCUGCUCUUUCCUCUCUUGUAUCUCCAAAUUAAGACAUAAAAGCCCAAAACAGACCUUAAAAAAGUCAGAGUGAUGCGCUGGAUGCAUAUCCAGGAUAAGGGGCAUGACUGAUUCGACUACAGGUGUUCAUGAAUCAGAGCUCCCUCUGUCUCUGGCCUGGUUGACGAGGUAGAGCCUCUCUUAUCAGCGUUCACUCCCAGAGAAGGACGAAUGUUUAGCCGUCAUUUUCGCCACAGUAGCACGGCCCUCUGCUCGUCUGAAGGACUUGUUAUCUUAAUUAGUUUGCGAGCCAAGAAGACCCUGUUCGAGUCGAAAUUAACAUUAAAAUGCCAGUUUUUACAGCCUGGUCUAUCAGCAGUCCUGGUCUGAGUCCAACCUGCAGCCCUUUCUCUACUCUCUCUUCCCAGUUUCACGCUUUCUCCUCUCUCGUGUCUCUAAAUAAAGACAUAAAGACCUGAAAUAGACCUUAAAAAAAGAGUCAGAGUAACGCUUAGAGUAAUCCAUGAUUAUAAAACAUCAUGAAAGUAUCCAGGAUAAGGGGCACGACUGAUUUGACUACAGGAUAUCGUGAAUCAGACCUCCCUCUGUGUCUGGCCUGGUUUGACGAGGCAGAGAGGUAGCGCCUCUCUUGUAGGCGUGAACUCCCAGAGAAGGACAAAUGUUUAGCCGCCAUUUUCGCCACAGUAGCACGGCCCUCUGCUCGCAUCCGAAGGAGUUGUUUAUCUUAAUUAGCUGCGAGCCAAGAAGACCCUGUUCGAGUCCAAAUUAGCAUUAAAAUGCCAGUUUUUACAGCCUGGUCUAUCAGCAGUCCUGGUUUUAGUCCAACCUACAGCCCUUUCUCUACUCUCUCUUCCCAGUUUCCUGCUCUUUCCUCUCUUGUUUCUCUAAAUAAAGACAUAAAAGCCUGAAAUAGACCUUAAAAAAGAGUCAGAGUAACGCUUAGAGUAAUUCAUGAUUAUAAAACAUCAUGAAAGUAUCCAGGAUAAGGGGUAUGACUGAUUUGACUACAGGUGGUCGUUAAUGUCUGGCCUGGUUGAUGAGGUAGAGCCUCUCUUAUCAGCGUUCACUCCCAGAGAAGGACGAAUGUUUAGCCGUCAUUUUCGCCACAGUAGCACGGCCCUCUGCUCGUCUGAAGGACUUGUUAUCUUAAUUAGUUUGCGAGGCCAAGAAAACCCUGUUUGAGUUCUGGUUUAUCAGCAGUCCUGGUUUGAUUCCAACCUGCAGCCCUUUCUCUACUCUCUCUUCCCAGUUUCACACUCUUUCCUCUCUCGUUUCUCCAAAUUAAGAAUAUAAAACCCCAAAAUAGACCUGUCCCUUAUUUAGCAGUGACAAAGUUGGCAACCCUAAAACAGAUAAUACCAGAAAGAUCCUUACAGGAGCACAGAAACUGCAUAUUGUGGACCUCAAAAAAACAAUCUGGGUCUUAAAUGCUUUCAGAGAUAUGAACCAAGAGUGAUCCAUGAUUAUAAAAACAUCAUGAAAGUAUCCAGGAGAAGAGGCAUGACUGAUUUGACUAACAGGUGGGCGGGUUGUAGCUGUUGUCCGGCCUCAACUCCACCUCUUUGCAAGUUAAGCUAGUUGGAGUCUGCAUUUCCAAUAUGGCGACCGCCAUCUUGGUGAGGUCACAGAGACAAGGUCCAUGUUGCAAAUACUCUUACACUGUUAGCUGUCUGUUUCUUUGUCCUCAUGUUCCUGGAAUUAAGACACAUUUAUUCAGUGAACCUACCAAAGUGGGAGAAAAAGUCCAAACAAAUGACUCAGAUCAGUCGCUAAAGGAAAACAAUGUCCUCUCAGUUUAUCAAACCUGUACCGUGGAUAUCGCUCUUUUAGAUCUGGACAAAAUUAAAAUUGGCACACAUAUAAAGGUCUAAAUUAUCACCCUUUAGCUGCUCUCUCUGGCCCUCCAUUUCCCCAAAGAUUAGCACUUCAGAGAUGAUUGCACUUGGUCAAAGGUGCAAACUUUUGCACGCAUUGAAUCAACUUUAGCAAUCAAAAAUGUAGCCAUAUGAGCUUUAAAGAGACUUACAGUCACUUAUAAUGACAAUUUAAACUCCCAACUCUUAAAUGUGCAUCUCUUACUGCUCAUAAAGAUCAUUAGACAUGAUUAAAAGCUCCAGAACAGGUGAUUUUGUUUCCUCUCUAAAGCCCAGAAGCACUUUCAUUGAAUUUCAGCUUUAAAACCAAAUUACCCAGAAGUCCCUCCUGCCCACAAACGAUCAUCUGCGUCAUUGUCCUUUCUGAUUACACAAAUUCUCCACAUCAGAAAACAUAAAUCCCUUCACUUAGUGCCCACGGAGAUUAGUUGCAUUGUCUGUGUGUAAAGACAAAGUAAAGAGGAGCGACUGUGGGCUGAGGAUUGACAGCUCAGGGUCGUGAAUCAGAGCUCCCUCUGUGUCUGGCCUGGUUUGACGAGGCAGAGAGGUAGCGCCUCUCUUAUCGGCGUUAAACUCCGAGAGAAGGACGAAUGUUUAGCCGUCAUUUUCGCCACAGCAGCACGGCCCUCUGCUCACGUCUGAAGGACUCGUUUAUCUUAAUUAGUUUGGGAGCGCUCCCGUCUUAGGAAAAAGAAGCACACCUCUGUCCUGCCCGGCAGCACUGUGGCAGCGGCGGCUGACCUUGUCCUGUUGCUCGAUUUAAAAAGAAACACAGAAGAAGUGGUUUGAGGAAAGUGGUGCCUUCAUAGCGUGGAUUAAGGAAGUGACAUGGGCUGCGUUAAUAGGCGAUUUCCAGAGCAGCUCAGGCGCAGAGGCUGCCUGUGAUGAGUGUGUGUACAUGUGUGUGUGUGUAGCUCUCCAUAUCCUUCAGCGCUGUAAUCUCCCACAGGGCCUCCUCUCCUCCUCUCCUCUCCUCCUCUCCUCCUCUAUUCACCGCUCAUCAUUAGGAUGGACUCCGUGUCACUCCUCACUUCAGCGCUUCUCUCUCUCUGCUUUCUUAAGGCUAAAGGGGGUUUGUGAACAAAGCCUCGCUUGGCCUCCCCUCUUCUUCUCAACUCCACCCCUCCCUCCCUGCCUCUCUCCUCUCCUUCCCUUUUCUUCCACUCUUCUUCCUCUGUCAAAUCACUUCACUCCUCGCCCACUUGGGCCGACUGUACCAUCCUGCGGGGCAGUGAAGGUUUUUCCUUUUUUUUUUUUCUGCUUUCUCCCUCAGCCGUCCUGUAGCCGCAAGGCGUGGAAAUAAAAAGGGAAGCAACACCAGCGAGGAGAAAUAUCAGACAAUGAGAGUAUUGAGCAGAUAGGAAACACGGCAGACAAUAGGAGAGUCAUGCAGCAGCAGCAUGGCACGAACAAUGAGACGAUCAUGCAGCAACAAAAACCUGAGAAAUGAGACUUAAAUCCAAAACCUAAAGCUCACAUUGUCCUCUAUCUUUACUAUCGUCAACAACUCCUAUAAAUACACCCAAAAUCCAAAAGCAAGACUCCAAAACUCCCCAGAUUCUGCAGGGUGAGCAGUGUGUGUGAAUGCAAUCAGACGAAAUGUUCACCAUGACUUCACCUCAACUUUUUCCUGCCCGCCCCCCAGGCAACGUUUUCACGUGAAAUUGGGUUGAGCUGAAGUGAGAAAUGUUCUGAAAUCCUCUGCGAGUGAGUGUGUGUGUUUAUAUCGAUCGACCGGUGCAAGCUCAGGAGAGCGGCAUGAAUCUGGAUGAAUAAAAAGCAUCCAAGGUUGAAGAAGACGAGAGCAGGGAAGAAGUCUGCACGUAGCGUUGGUAUAUAAAUGUGGAGGUCUAAAGCUUCAUGCUUCAACUUUCACAGCGUGCUUUCGAUGUCAUGCCCUCCUAAGACGAGUCUAGUAUCCCUCACCUACUACAACUUUCAACCAACAGGGAAGAGGUCACACUUUGGAAAAUUUAAGGAGCAGAGUUCCAGGAAAUAUAUCUUCAAGAAGUUCCUCCUAAAAAUCCUCACAUUUCUGGACAUUUCCAAGCAUGCAUGCAUGAAAGAGGAUGAAAAUCGUCCGCUUUGAUACACGUCUGCAGGGUUUCGGAGUAUUUCAAAACCUGCUAUUAAUUGCCCUAAAGCCAGAUCUCCACACCUCACCAUGCAGCCUUGUAGUUUUUCCUUCCUAUCUUUCAAACCCUCAACCUUUUUUCCAAGUCUCUCUCCAGCAAAGCCAGUGAAUCAUUUUACCCACGGGCAUCACUUCAAACCUGCUCGGCUUUCUUGGCAAAGGCUCACACAAAAUCAUUCUCCGUAGUCACAGAGUGUCAACACCAACGGAGGCUAAUGUUUGUCUCGUCCAACUUUUCAUUGACUUUCUUUAAGACGAGGCUGCGCUUAGAUUUGUCAUCACAUUUGAUGUGGAUGCGUCAUGAAUCUGACUCUGGGUACUUUUAGACGUCUCUGUCGUAUCUACGGCUCACAGCACCAAGUCAACAGCUUCAAAAUCAGCUCCUAAAGUCAACUUAUAGAGCGGUUAAUUGAGGCAAUGAGAGACAAACCACUUAAGUGUUAAGCUAGGUGAUGUCCUUUUUUCAUUGAAGUCUGGUGGCUUUGAAGAGAGCGAUGUUAUGGCGGGUUUAGACGUUGGGUUUUCAUUUGAACAAUGACAAAAGCCAACGGAUUCAACCUUUAAUGAUGAGUUCUGUUUUGCAGAGAUUACUACUCCUGUGUAUCAUCAGCUCUAGUGCAAGUUUAAAGUCAAAUUACACUUCCAACUCCAACCAAGAAUGUCAAACAUGAAUGUUAACCCUCAAUGUUUGUGCCAUUGUGUUCCCCCGUUUUCUGCUCUCAUAGAUUUCCUUGUUUGAGUUUCAUACCAGCACGAGCCUCUCUUUAAUAAGCCCGUCUUUGUUCGCCAAAGUCCAUUUUCUUCUCCCUAAUUAUUCCCCGAAAUUGUGUACGUACCCACCUUUCAUUCAACAAGUGCCUUAUUUUAUAUUAAGUUUAUAUUUUGCAUAUUUCUGAUCACAUUCCAUAGUUGUACUGUAAUAUCCGGAUCAAGACUAAAGGGAACUUCAUUGUUGUAAUACUAUUUUUGUGCACAUGUAUUCUGUAUAAAUGCAGAUGAUGUACUCCGUGAUGUUCAGUAAGGAAAAUAAGUCAUUAAUCAUUUUAUUAAUAAAUUGAUUUGCUUCAUCA